AUGUCUCGUAUUAUAGCUGAAAACAAUGGAGGUGGUCAUGUACUGGACGCCGCCACAGGCGACGGAACUCCGGUCUGUGAAACCAGCGUUGAUGUCACAAAGCUGCCGUCAAUGCCAUUUCUUCUUUCUUUCAACCAUCUUACUUACAGUGUAAAGGUCGGCCGCAAGAUGCCGCUGUUGACCGGCGGCGGUAGAACAAAGACGUUGCUUAAUGGUAUCUCUGGGGUGGCUAGAGACGGCGAGAUACUUGCGGUGCUCGGAGCAAGUGGGUCAGGGAAAUCAACACUCAUCGACGCUUUAGCUAAUAGAAUAUCUAAAGGCAGUUUGAAAGGUAACAUCACUUUAAACGACGAAGUUGUUGAAUCUCGGGUGUUGAAAUCGAUUUCGGCUUACGUUAUGCAACACGAUUUGCUUUUCCCAAUGCUCACCGUCGAGGAAACCUUAAUGUUCGCCGCCGAGUUUCGGCUUCCUCGAACCAUGUCUAAAUCCAAGAAGAGAACUCGAGUUCAAGCUUUGAUUGAUCAAUUAGGGUUAAGAAAUGCCACUGAAACUGUUAUUGGUGACGAAGGCCAUCGAGGUGUUUCCGGCGGAGAACGACGCCGUGUGUCGAUCGGAGUCGAUAUAAUUCAUGACCCCAUUAUUUUGUUCUUAGAUGAGCCUACAUCAGGGCUUGAUUCCACAAGUGCUUUCAUGAUAGUGAAGGCAUUGCAAAGGAUUGCUCAAAGUGGAAGCAUUGUUAUAAUGUCAAUUCAUCAGCCAAGUUAUAGAAUUCUUGGUUUACUUGACAGAUUGAUAAUUUUGUCUAAUGGCCAAACUGUUUAUACCGGUUUACCGACGAAUCUGUCGCUAUAUUUCUCCGAAUUCGGGUACCCCAUACCCGAGAAGGAAAAUAAAACCGAGUUCACUCUCGACUUAAUUUGGGAACUCGAAGGAUCUCCUGAAGGAACAAAAAGUUUGAUCGAAUUCAACAAGAAAUGGCAGAGCAAAAACUCCGAGCUGGUCCAUCUUUGUUCGUCGCUAAAAGAAGCAAUUAGCGUCAGUAUUUCUAAAGGCAAACUUGUUUCUACUUCAACAGCCAUGGUCCCUAGAUUUGCAAACUCUUUCUGGAAAGAAAUACUUGUUUUAUCGAACAGAUCGAUCUUAAAUUCGAGGAGGUUGCCAGAGUUGUUCGUUACUCGAUUAGUGGCGGUUUUAGUGACGGGGUUCAUUUUAGCGACCAUGUUUUGGCAACUAGAUAAUUCACCAAAAGGGAUACAAGAAAGAUUAGGGUUUUUCGCAUUCACAAUGUCAACGACGUUUUAUGCUUGUACCGACACUCUCCCGGUUCUUCUCCACGAAAGGUACAUUUUCAUGAGAGAGACAGCUUACAAUUCUUACAAAAGAUCAUCUUACGUGAUAUCAAAUGCUUUGGUGGUUUUACCGGGACUAAUCAUCCUAUCAUUUGCUUUCACGACGAUAACGUUUUGGGCAAUAGGCCUCAACGGCGGAUUUUCAGGGUUCUUAUAUUAUUUAUUGAUCAUAUUCGCUUCGUUUUGGUCCGGAAGUUCACUCGUCACAUUUCUAUCCGGUAUUAUCCCACAUUUGAUGUUAGGUUACCCGAUUGUCGUCGCUGUUUUAGCGUGUUUCUUGCUCUUUAGCGGCUUUUUUAUCAAUCGGGACCGAAUCCCGGCCUAUUGGAUUUGGUUUCACUAUUUAUCCGUUAUCAAGUAUCCUUAUGAAGCGGUUCUACAUAACGAAUUCAAUAAUUCGACAGAGUGUUUCAUGAGAGGAAUUCAGUUAUUCGACGACACGCCACUCGUAACAAUUCCAAAUGCCAUGAAAGUGAGAUUGUUGCAGUCGUUUAGCGAUGUAUUAGGGACAAAGAUUACAAGCUCGACAUGCUUUUCAAGGGGAGUUGAUAUUUUGAGAAACCAAGGGAUUACAGAUUUGAGCAAAUGGGAUUGCUUGUUCAUUACCUUGGUAUGGGGAUUCUUUUUCAGGAUUUUGUUUUAUUUCUCUUUGUUAUUUGGAAGCAAAAACAAGAGAACAUAA